CCCCCUCCCCCAACCACAAGCAAAUCCCACGCCUCAAAGUUGAAGAAUGGCAAAAUCUAAGCACAAGCUACUUUCAGUAGCGUCUUUUCUGCUGCUACUAACAGCUUCACUCCUCUGCUCUUCAUUUGCUGAAAUCAUUUUUGAGGAGCGUUUUGAAGAUGGAUGGCAAAGUAGAUGGGUGAGGUCUGAUUGGAAAAAGAUUGAAGGGAAAGCUGGAUCUUUCAAACACACAGCAGGGAAGUGGCAUGGUGAUCCUGAUGAUAAAGGUAUUCAGACCACGACUGAUGCUAGGCAUUUUGCCAUAUCUGCUAAGAUUCCGGAGUUCACCAACAAGAACAGAACUUUGGUUGUUCAAUAUUCUAUUAGAUUUGAGCAGGACAUAGAAUGUGGUGGGGGUUACAUAAAGCUUCUUUCUGGUUAUGUUAAUCAAAAGAAAUUUGGUGGUGACACCCCUUACAGUAUGAUGUUUGGACCUGAUAUAUGUGGCACACAGACCAAGAAACUUCACGUCAUACUUUCAUAUCAGGGUCAAAAUUACCCCAUCAAGAAGGACCUGCAAUGUGAAACGGACAAGUUGACCCAUUUUUAUACAUUCAUUCUUCGCCCUGAUGCAACGUACAGUGUCCUGAUUGAUGGUCGAGAAAGAGAUUCAGGAAGCAUGUAUACCGACUGGGAUAUCCUACCUCCGCGCAAGAUUAAAGAUGUGAAUGCAAAAAAGCCUGCAGACUGGGAUGAUAGAGAAUAUAUAGAUGAUCCAAAUCAUGUCAAGCCUGAGGGAUAUGAUUCUAUUCCACGAGAAAUACCUGAUCCAAAAGCAAAGGAGCCUCAUGACUGGGACGAAGAAGAGGAUGGUAUAUGGAAACCACCCAAAAUUCCAAAUCCAGCCUACAAGGGACCAUGGAAGCCUAAGAAAAUCAAGAACCCUAAUUAUAAAGGAAAAUGGAGGAUUCCAUGGAUUGAUAAUCCUGAAUUUGAAGAUGAUCCAGAUCUUUAUGUUCUGAAGCCCAUCAAGUAUGUCGGUAUUGAAGUUUGGCAGGUGAAAGCAGGUUCCGUUUUUGACAACAUUCUGAUUUGUGAUGAUCCAGAGUACGCAAAGAAAGUAGUGGAGGAAGUCUUUGCCAAUAGGGAGGCUGAAAAGGAAGCCUUUGAGGAAGCAGAGAAAGUGAGAAAAGCAAAAGAGGAAGAGGAAGCACGACGAGCAAGAGAAGAAGGUGAAAGGAGGAGAAGCGAAAGGGGUUACGACAGAAGGCCACGGGAUAGGGAGCGCUACCGAGAAAGAUACAAGAAGCACCGCCAUGAUUACUUGGAUGAUGACUAUCAUGAUGAACUAUGAGAAUUUGCCUUCUUUCAUGAUUGAAGAAUUACUCCAAGAAGUUUCUUCCGGCAUUCUAUUUUGUAAGUGUAGCUAUAGUGUUCAGACAGGAUCUGACAUUUUGUGUCGCAGCACGUCUUUGGAAUCAAGAAGCACGUCAUCAUGGUAUGUGCUUGUGUUUCAUCUGUUAAUUUACAGGAACAUAAAUUUGAUGCUAAAAGAGCAGAGCUCUUGAAAACUCAUGUUCUUUUCAGCAUUUUAUGACAACCAAAAGGGCAGAAAAUCACUUCAUUUGUAUCAGUCAGCUGAGAGUUGGCAUAAAUUGUUGAUCCCAUGUAUUGAUGCGAUUCAA